GUUAAGUUAUGCGGGAGAAAUCGCCUGCAAUGUGGAGGAAUGACUCGGUGGUGUAAUGAAAGAGAAAGUUUUCGUGUGGCCACAAAAUGAGGCAUGGAAUGAAUCUGACGAUGCAAGAAGAUACAUAAACAAAACACAAACUGUAGAAGAAAUAAAACGGUUUUCGGGGAAGAAAACAAUUGUGGUCAAAACAUUCAGGUGAAAGUAGUGUUGGGGAUAAGUGAAGCAUUUUAAUAAAUGAGCGAACUGAAAAAAUGGCAGCCGCUCUGAACGUGUGCAAAGCGCCCGAGUCGUACGACGACUAUUCAUUCACCCUUCCCGACAAGUAUAAACUGACCGCCCAGGAGGAGCUUCGCGAGGAGGAUGACAUCCGAGAGAACGCUCUGAAACAGUUCCGAGAGUGGAUCGCUAAGCAUCCACUGAUCAAAAAAUGCCGCACCGACGCUCCGUUUCUGCUGAGAUUCCUCCGGACGAAGAAGUUCUCCAUCCCGGCUGCCACGGAAAUGCUGGAGAAGUACCUGUCGAUUCGUCAAAUCUACCCCAACUGGUUCCACAAGUUAGACAUCAACGACCCGGAGCUGGAGGCAAUCAUCGACGCUGGAUACUUGUUUGCCUUGCCGGAGCGUGACGAAAAGGGCCGCAAGAUAGUUUUCUCGAAUGCAGGCAAAUAUGACACCAAUCGAUUCACUGCCGCCCAGCUGAUUCGCGUCCAUUCGAUGGUUUGUGAGGCACUGCUCGACGAGGAAGAAUCCCAAAUCGCUGGCUACGUUCACGUGAUCGAUGAUUCCGAUCUCUCGAUGGGAUUCCUCGGCAUUUGGUCGUUCAGCGACAUCAAGAAUUUGGCAAACUGUGUCCAAAACUCGCUCCCAAUGCGUCAAAAAGAGAAUCAUUUCGUCAAUUUGCCAACGUUUGCGAAUAAACUAUCGGACUUCAUUCUCUCGGUUUUGAGUGACAAACUGAAGAAUCGAGUCUUUGUACAUAAGAAUCUAGACGAACUGAAGGCGAAGGUGAACCCAAAAUUGCUACCCCAGGAAUAUGGUGGAACCAUCCCGAUGGCUGACUGUGUGGCUCAAUUUAAGGCUUUCCUGAAAUCCAAGCGUGAAGAAUUGAUUGCCCUCGACGAGAUGCAGAUCGAAAUCAGCAAGAACUCACCGUAUUGGGCGGACAGUACCGAUGCAGAUAUCGCAGCCGGCGUGAUUGGAAGCUUCCGAAAACUCGAGGUUGAUUAGGUUGUUGCGAGUUGCAUCGAAUGUGCGAAUCUUCUCUUCAACUCGCUCUAUCCUGUGACAAGCUUUCACUCCUACGUUUAAUUUUAUCAUUAUUAGACAAACAAACGCUGAGCAAAUCGGUAACUUUUAUUUGUAUAAAAAUAGUGUACUAUUCUAUUUAUAGAGGCGGCAGAAAGAGGUGACCUAAUCGUAGGUCAUUAUCUUAUCCCAAACAGGUGGAAUAAAGUUACCAAAACUCAAUUAUCUCUAUUGUUAGUAUAUUUUAUAUUUUUGGUAUUUAAAAGUUUCAAAUAGAUCGGUGCCAAGGUGAAUCGAAAUCAGAAAUCAUUAUGGUACUAUUACAACUAUUAUGCAGCUGCAAGUAUUACGCACUAUAUGUACUUUUAUCCAAGUGAUCAGGUGAGCAAUUGAUCUUUUCAAAUAAAUAGAACAUUUUCAAAUGCAAAAACAAAAUUUAGAAAAUAAAACAUGGAACUAAAC